AUCCGAGGAAUGACCAUUGAUCAGGCAUUAGCUCAAUUAGAGUUCAAUGAUAAAAAGGGAGCAAAAAUAAUUAAAGAGGUCCUUCUUGAAGCCCAGGAACUGGCUGUAAGGCAACAUAAUGUAGAAUUCAAAUCCAACCUACACAUUGCGGAGUCCUUCUCUGGAAAAGGCCACUAUACCAAAAGCAUCCGUUUUCAUGGCAGAGGCUGUUCUGGCAUUAUGGAUUUAGUAAAGUGCCAUUAUUUUGUGAAAUUGGUAGAGGGACCACCGCCACCACCAGUACCGCCAAAGACUGGGUUUGAUCAAGCUAAGGAAUAUGUUCAGGGGCUUCGUAGUCGAACCAUUACCAACACACUGUAAUAUUCUCUGAUGUAUAUGUUUUUUCCCCCUUCUUGAUGGAUAUGUAAAUAAACUGCAUUGUAAGAA